UCUCUCCCUCAGACAUCAUAUCCUUCUUCAGCAAUCCUUUGAUUCUCUUGUGGUGCUGCACUACUAAAGAAUCCUUCAAGAUGAAAACCUUCAUUCUGAUCGCCUGCAUCCUGGGGACUGCUCUCGGCCGCCCUCAAAGGCUGGUCAUGGAGUUUGACUUCCAGGCUGCCAACGCUCAGGCUCUCCAAGCUGGACAAGCCAGACCUGAUCUAGAGAUUAUCCUUCCUGUUGGUGGUGGAGUACCUUCAGGUGGUUUCAUCAAACAGGAGAUCCCCCAGCCACUCGGCCAGGAGAGCGUUGAGAUCUACCACCCCUUCAGCAUCCAGGUUGCCCCACCUCCGCCUGCUGCACCUGCCCAUACUCAUACAUCCGAUGAGGAAGACGAUUAGAGAUAUUACCAAUACUUGGAGAUCUACAAUACCCUUUGAUGAACAACGAUGUCCUUCAACUCCACAGCUGCUUUUAGUGUCCUAGAUUGAUUCAGUAAAUGCAAUGCUUAACCCAGCAAUAAACAUAGCGUAACAUGGUGCUUAACCGAUGGCUUGAUGCAUGAAAGCUGUGUGUAAUUGUUUGUACUUGGCAGAAGAAUGUUAAUUAAAAAAAAACAGAAUGUUUUGCCAACCUUCUCCAUA